ACUUAGAGAUUACUCAGUAGAUGGUGGAUGGAUGGUGAUGGUGCCACUUAAAUAACGAUUUCUUUUAUACUUUGUUUUCGUUUUACUAUCGCUGUUUUGUUAUCGUUUCACUAUCGCUGUUUUGUUAUUAAAUAUACAUUUCGUAGUGUGUAGUUUUAUCUCUUUUCAGUUUGGCAUUGAAUUGACUGUGUCCGGGUGAUAAGUUAACUUGCUUUUAAUGUGGUAGGACCGACGGAAGACUAGUUUAAAUAUGCCUUGGUACCUGAACGCCAUCCUAGUGAUAACCUGUCUACGACUGCCCACGACUGAAAACGCAAACAACACGAAUCAACAAGUUUAUUUUCCCACUGAAGAGGACGAUAUUAAGUUCCAAAUUUCUAAUGCUCCACCAUCUAACUCAACUGGAGAAUACCUUUCUCCAGAGAUCUUGAACAAACUGACCACCCUAAGGGGCAAAACCGUCUACCAAGAAUACGUAGAUGAAAUAAUCUCACGUGGCAUCACGAAAUUAACCCUAAAAGUGAACGAGAUCUUGAGGCACGACCAAGAUAUCGUCGUUUUCUCCCCGCUGAGCAUCGCCGGAGUCCUGACCUUAAUCCUGUUGGGCUCGAAUGGAAACACUUUUAAAGAAGUAUCAUUAUUGUUGGGUCUAGAGACGGGCAUUCCGGACAUCAACAAGAAAUCUCAACUGGUGCAUGAACAGUUUGGACGAAUGCUCGACAAAAUAUCCAGGACGUCUGGAUUCGCGGUUGGGGAGCAAGUGCAUGUUGCCAGCGCUCUGUUUAUACAGAAAGGAUACCAAAUCCGUCCAAUCUACGCAUCUCUAGCGGAAGAUCUCUACCGCAGCAAAACCGUCAACGUCGAUUACAUGACCAAUCCAGUGGCGGCACAAGAGCUCAUUAACGAUUGGGUAGCCAACAACACGAACAAGAAAAUAAAAACAAUCCUCAGUAGCCCCCCGUCGAUUCUGACGAAAGCAAUCAUCACCAGUGCCCUUUACUUCAAUGCCGAAUGGUACCAGCACUUCUUCCCAGGCGUUACCAAGAGGGCGCCAUUUUAUGUAAACGGACGUGAUACACCCAGCAAUGUCCAGGCAGACAUGAUGGCUAAUCUUGGGGACUUUUUUACGUAUUAUAGAAGUCCUACCUUGGAAUGUGAAAUUUUGGGAUUGCCAUACAAGGGCAACAGAAGCACCAUGUACGUAAUCAUGCCUUUCAACUCCAGCAAAACCAAACUGAAAGAGUUCGAACAGAAACUAACCGAAGAGGAUCUGAGCAACAUGAUUGGCAAAAUGACUCUGACACGAGUCCUCGUCGUGUUCCCCAGAAUGAAACUUGAAACCACCGUGGACUUAAAAGAUACUUUAAAAAUGAUGGGCGUCAACUCCCUAUUUGACCCAAAUAAAGCGAGUUUAGAUGUGCUCGCGCACACCGUCUCAGAACCGCAGAGUUUAGACUCAAGUUUUGUCAGAAAAAACAGUUUAACACAAUCGAUCGAUAACAUUCGUCAAUCGAUCGAUGAACAAUGCGAACAGCAAGGAAGCUGUACCAAAUCUGGUCUGUAUGCCGAUCAAAUUAUACAUAAAGUUUCCAUGGAUAUAACGGAAGUGGGAACGGAAGCGGCGGCCGCCACGGCAGUGUCGAUAGCGCGGAGCGGGGGUGUACGAUUUAGGGUGGACGUGCCAUUUUCAUUUUUUAUUAGGAAUGAGGAGACCAAGACUAUUUUGUUUUGGGGCUCGGUCAACUUGCCUAAUCCGCAUUAUGUCGUAUCAAAAUAAAUAUACAUUUUUAGAAUAUUUUUUUAAACAAA